UUCAAAGGCUCACAAUUUUCCAGCACAUGCAUCAGCUAGCCACACCACACACCAAGGGAUUCUCCACCACACCCCUUUAUUCCCCAUCUGAUCUAAACUCCGAUAAUGUUCCCUCUCCCACUUCGACCACAACUCUUCAACAUCAUCCACAUCUCCUCGCAUCUACUUGUAUUCCGACUUCUCCAGCACUCCCCUUCCUUCCACUGUAAUCUCAAUCGUCCUCUUCAGUUGCUCGUCUCUCAAUUCUAAAUCGACCCCGAAGCGAACGAGUCUUUUCCGGAGUACCUUUUCGUUUUCAAAUAUGCUAGAAGGGAAGGCCGUCAUCGGCGAGACCGACAUGCUCCAGGCGAUGCAACAGGAAGCUCUCCACUUGGCAUCCAAGGCGCUCGACUCCUUCGACGUCACUGAACCCACGGACAUCGCGCGCUUCAUCAAAAAUGAAUUUGACAGGAUAUAUGGAGGAGGAUGGCAAUGCAUAGUGGGGACAGAUUUUGGUUCAUUCGUGACCCACUGCUCCGGCUGCUUCAUUUACUUCUGCGUCGGCAGCCUCGCAAUCUUGCUCUUCAGGGGUUCAUCCGGACCGGAGGCUGAGCCUAACCAGUUCAUGACGGCCUUAGAUACUAGUGUUGUCACGGCUUGAUGAUGCGCUCGAUCGCUUCUUAGUUUUCUUGAUUUUGAUGUCCCAUCUUAUAUAUCAAUUCGAGAUCUAUGUAAAGUUAAUACCAAAUGAAAAGCCCAGCAUAACUUUAUUAUUGCUACUUA